AUGGAUCUAUUAGGUGACAUCGUCGAGAAGGACCCUUCCAGCUCUACUUCUUCCGCUAAUGCGUCUGCUUCAACUUCAAACCAACAGUCUUCAUACCCAAGUAGUAGUGCCACCACUGGAUUCCCAGAACUAUACAAACCUUCCAAAAUUUCAUCAUGGAAGCAUAGACUAAAGGCCAAGAAACAACAGCAACAACAGCAAGAACAGAGACCAGCAACAAGAGCCAGUCCCAGACAGAAAACGUCUGAAGCUCAGUCCAUCCAUAAUGAAAAUUUAAACACUUUGCAAAAUAUGACGGAUGAACAAAUUAUUAAUGAACAGAGGGAACUCUUGCAAUCUUUGAACCCAAAAUUAAUUAAGAAUUUGCUCGCUAACAUUAAUAAGAGAACGGAAGGUGAAUCAUCAGCUCCUCUGUUUGCUGAAAUUGAAGGUGCCUCUGGCACUUGGGUUGGUGGCAAGAAUGAAAAUUUCAAGCAUUUACCAUCUUUAAGCGAUGACCAAGUCAAUAAAGCCCUCGAUAUACAAAAUUUAACCCUUGAAGAUGAAGAUUUACCCACCGUGGAAGCUCACACCGAAAAGGAACAGGACAACGAUGAUGAUGAUGAUGAUGAUGCUGAUGAUGUGGCUCCCUUGGAUUAUCAAAUGGCUCAAACAAUAGACCACAUGUCCAACGAAGAAUUAAUGGAUGACGUACAUUUCGUUAAACAAGAAAAUACAACAGAACAAUUAUUAGACAUUAAUGACCCGAAUUUUAAUGAAAAAUUACAUGAACGAUUCUUCCCAGAUCUUCCAAAGGAUAUCGAUAAAUUACAAUGGAUGGAACCUGUCCCAGAUUUAUCUGAAGAAACAAAACAAGAUGGGAUAGUAAUAUCAGAUGUAUCACAAUGUAGAUUUGACUUCAAGGGUGAUCUAGUACCACCAACAAGAUCCAUUCAAUCAACAACUCAUUCAGCAUUACAUCAUCAUUCAACAGAUCCACAAUUAGCAGGAUAUACUAUUCCUGAAUUACAGCAUUUGGCAAGAUCAAAUUUCCCUUCACAAAGAUGCAUCGCUAUACAAACUUUGGGUAGAAUUCUUUAUAAGUUAGGGAAACAAUCUUACUAUCAACUAAUCCCGGAAGUCGAUGUAGAGACAUAUCAAGAGGAGGGGAACUCAGAAAAUGUAAUGUUAAAGAUAUACUCCAUGUUUUGGGAUCUCAUUAAGACGUGUGAUGUCAUACUAGCAUUAGAAGUAGCAUCGGGAGCUAAAAACUUAUCAGUAAAGAAUUAUGCCAUUGAUGCAUUAUGGUUAUGGAAACAAGGUGGAGGCGAUUUUAGAAUCAAGAAAACUGAUAGUAAGUAA